CGUCGCAGCCCCUUUGGCUCCUAGUUUACCCCGGCUAGGGCAGUGUCGUCUUGGCGGCACUGCGGAGACCUCCACCCAGGACGGCUCCCCCUCCCCGGGCCACUCCCCUCUGGCCCGCGAGUCCCCUCGCCUCGUAGACCUCUCGAAUCUGAUAUCGUGGGGUGAGGUGAGAGCAGGCCCGGGGAGGGUGGUUACCACUGAGGAGCCGCAGUCGCUAUCAAGAUGAUAGAGGUACUGACAACAACUGACUCUCAGAAACUGCUACACCAGCUAAAUGCACUGUUGGAACAGGAGUCUAGAUGUCAGCCAAAGGUCUGUGGCUUGAGAGUAAUUGAGUCUGCACACGAUAAUGGCCUCAGAAUGACUGCAAAGCUAAGGGACUUUGAAGUAAAAGAUCUUCUUAGUCUAACUCAGUUCUUUGGCUUCGACACGGAGACAUUUUCUCUAGCUGUGAAUAUACUGGACAGAUUCCUGUCUAAAAUGAAGGUACAGCCCAAGCACCUUGGGUGUGUUGGACUGAGCUGUUUCUAUUUGGCUGUAAAAUCUAUAGAAGAGGAAAAGAAUGUCCCAUUGGCUACUGACUUGAUCAGAAUAAGUCAGUAUAGGUUCACGGUUUCAGACUUGAUGAGAAUGGAAAAGAUUGUAUUGGAGAAAGUGUGUUGGAAAGUCAAAGCUACUACUGCCUUUCAAUUUCUGCAAUUUUAUUAUUCACUCAUUCAAGAGAACUUGCCAUUUGAAAGGAGAAAUAGCCUUAAUUUUGAAAGACUAGAAGCUCAACUUAAGGCAUGUCACUGUAGGAUCAUGUUUUCUAAAGCAAAGCCUUCUGUGUUGGCGUUGUCUAUCAUUACAUUGGAGAUCCAAGCACAGAACUGUGUAGAGUUAACAGAAGGAGCAGAAUGUCUUCAGAAACAUUCCAGGAUAAAUGGCAGAGAUUUGACCUUCUGGCAAGAGCUCGUAUCCAAGUGUUUAACUGAAUAUUCAUCAAACAAAUGUUCCAAACCAAAUGUUCAGAAGUUAAAAUGGAUUGUUUCUGGGCGUACUGCACGGCAAUUGAAGCAUAGUUACUACAGAAUAACUCACCUUCCAACAAUCCCUGAAAUGGUUCCUUAAUUGGAUUAUUACAGUAACUAAAAACUCUUCUCUGAAGCCUCUCUCCACAACCCUGGGCUACGGAUGCCAUGUUGUGAUGGAUUUUAAGCUAUGAAGCCUCAAAACAUUACAACUAGAUUUAGCAUUGAUGUUCUCAUUCUGGGAAAACUGCCUAAUUAAUAUAUGCUGUAGCGGAAUUAUGUUUAGAUUUUAAUUCAUCUGUGAAACAUUCAAAUCAAAGCUAAAAGCAUAAAUGUGAAACGUUAAUAACAAGCCUGAGAAGGUAAACUGUGAAUCUUCAUUUCUAACAUUGAUCUUUCUAUAUUGGAUCAAUAUAUUGUAUUUAGGUGGUACAGAAAAUGGUAACCUACUUAAAUGUUAAAUUUUAAAUUGAGGUUUAGCUCAAAACCAACAUUUCACAAAUGCACUUUUAAGGCACAAGGGUUAAUAUUCUAAGCAGUGUAAAUGGUUUCUUGGCACCUGUAGUGCAAGUAAUAGAUAAUCCAGAGAUGUGGACUUUAUUGCUAUCUGGUGAUUACAUUUAAGUUUGAAGGCAUUUUAUAUAAGGAAAAAAUACAGACCUAGUAAGUUUGGCAUAGUCAUUAAGUUAUCUUUAAUAUUUUUUCUAGAAAACAGGUGAUGUUUGUAUCCAUGAUGAAAAAUUUUAUACAAAAUUUACUGCCUCAAUCUACUUCAUCGAGAAAAUUAGUUUCUUUUUUAUUAGUGACUCAAAAUAAAUUAUCACUCUGAAAACUUGCAUUACCUCAGUAAAGUUCAGGCUAGAUUUAACACUCCAGAUGUUUUUACUAAAGAGAUUUUUAUAAAACUACCAUUACUUCUAAUUUAGAAUUUUGUUUAAAGGAAGAGAAUGUACUUGUUAAAUGCCCCUACUAUGCCAAAACAAAGUGUUAAGAACAGUAAGUAGGCACCUUCAUAAUUAUGACGUCACUAAGGUAUUGUUCAGGAUUUUUCAUGUCAGUGAGUGAAUGUAAGUUAGUAGGUUUACGGUGUUGAAGUUUUCUAUAUGGUUACUCAGUGCAAAGUGUAGCCUGAGUCCAUCCAGAAUGGCUGUAACCAAUUUUGACAUCAUGUUGUGGAUAAAUAAGCACUGAAAAAUAAACCAAAGAACCACAUUAUAUCUUAUCCUUAACAUUUAUGAACCAUGUUUUAUGGAUAACUUCAGUUUUCCCAAAAGGCUGAUAUAUUUCAAUAUUUUGAAUACAUCAGUGUUAAUUUUGAGUUGGCACAGGUAACCUAACCAACUACCAUUAUGUUUUGGUACUAAGUGAUAUACCUUUCAAUAAAGUUAUUGAAAUGCA